AUGGUAAAACCCCCUCAGAAGGUGCUCUCCCCUCUCAACUCCAAAUCAUUCGACAUUUCCUUCCCGGCCACUCCCGUCCCUCCACCAUCCACUCCCUCCGAUGCUUCAACAAAACACAAACCGAAAUCCAAAAAACGGAACAAGGAAGGAGAGGAGAAGGUGAUGUUGGAGGAGAGCUUGGUGGUGGUGAAGAAGUCUGUGAAUCCGUACGAGGAUUUCAAGAAAUCGAUGUCCGAGAUGAUCGUGGCCAAGCAGAUCCUCCACCCCAAAGAGCUGGAGCAGCUGCUCAUGACCUUCCUCUCCCUCAACUCAACAAUGCAUCACAAAGUUAUUAUACAGGCUUUCACACACAUUUUCAACCAACUCUAA